AUGCCUACCGAUGGUCACAGGUAUGAGCGCCGCGCCUCGGUGGUGCAGCAACGUCGGCUUUCCCAGCAAUUCAAGAACUGCGCCUGGCUAGCUCCUCCAUCAGAUACCAUUUAUGCGGGUAUUUCGGGGCAUUUCUCAACAAGUCGGCCCUCAAGCGUCGCCAUUGCCUUCCGUGAUACCACCUAUCUACUAGACUUUACAGAGAAGGUGUUUGAUGCCACUGAGUACAAAGAAGCUGCAGAAGCAACGGCGGAAUUCAUUGUUUCUGAACUAAAAACAUAUGGGCAGAGUCAUCUGGAGAAGAUUAUUGGCGUGACAAUGCCUAAACAUGUUGCGGACAGGUUACCCAAGCUCUGCUCACGCCUGUGGGCAGAGCUCGACAUCCUUUGCCUGGUACUUCCAGAUUCCAGUCUGAAUGAACAAUACACCUCACGUGCCCCUAAUGGUACAACGAAGGGGGGUCCGAAAACGAUCGACGAGCAGGCGGAGUCCAUGUCGCGAAAAUGUGUGCGACUGUUUGGCCCGGAGAACCUUCCCUUACUACAAGUGGGCUUUAUGGGCCUCGUGGAAGUUGACACGAAUUUUCAUGUGCGAAUUGCGGAUCUUGAUGAUUUUAAAUCAACCGUGUCUGGCAGGACGUGGUCUGCCGUGGAGCAUUACGCUGCUGACUUGAAGGAACGAAAUGUUCGCAUUGCCUUCUUCAGUGCGACUCCUCAGGGAGGUGGAGUGGCGCUGAUGCGGCAUGCCCUGGUGCGCUUUUCUUAUAAUCUGGGCACAGACAUCAAAUGGUAUGUUCCAAAGCCCCGGCCGGGGGUUUUCCGGGUAACCAAGAACAACCACAAUAUACUUCAGGGUGUUGCACGACCCGGCGAGCGAUUGACUAUCGAGAAUAAGCAAUUGCUGCACGAUUGGAUCGAAGAGAACGCAAGGCGAUAUUGGACUGGGUCUAGCGGUCCACUACUGCCCCCAUCAGAGGGCGGAGCAGAUGUGAUCAUCGUGGAUGAUCCCCAGAUGCCAGGACUCAUACCUAUUGCCAAACAAUAUGCACCGGAUCGACCUGUCAUCUUCCGUAGCCAUAUUCAAAUUCGCAGUGAUCUCAUCAAGCAGCCUGGAACCCCUCAAGCCGAAGCGUGGGAGUUUCUUUGGAACCAAAUCAAGCUUGCCGACUGUUUCAUCAGUCACCCUGUAAGCGCAUUUGUACCAAGCGAUGUCCCACCCGAGAAGGUGGGCUACAUGCCGGCGUCAACUGAUUGGUUGGAUGGGUUGAACAAGGACAUGCGAGACUGGGAUUUAGCCCACUACGGCCGCAUCUUCAAUGCAUCCUGCAGGCUUGCAGAUAUGACGACAAUUUGUUAUCCUGACGACAAGUACAUCGUGCAGAUCGCACGAUUCGAUCCGUCCAAAGGAAUCUUGGAUGUACUAGAUUCAUACGAGAAGUUCCAUGACCGGCUGGCCAAUGCUCGGCCUGAUCUAGUGCCUCCGAAGCUUUUGAUCUGCGGCCAUGGCUCAGUGGAUGACCCAGAUGGAGCGAUCAUUUACGAUGCUGUGAUAGAUCACAUCGAAAAUAAUAUUUCACACCUACGGCAUCUGAUCUGCAUAAUGCGGCUACGACCUUCAGAUCAGGUUUUGAAUGCUCUCCUCUCCAAGGCUACUAUUGCACUCCAGUUAUCCACCCGUGAGGGGUUCGAGGUCAAAGUGUCCGAGGCCAUCCACAAGGGCAAGCCGGUGAUUGCCACGCGUGCUGGUGGAAUCCCGCUGCAGGUUGAGAACGGUAAGAACGGAUUCCUGGUGGACGUCGGUGACACCGAUGCCGUUGCACAACAUCUCUAUACUUUGUGGACGGACGACGCCCUGUACCACCGUAUGUCGCAGUAUGCACAAAGCCACGUCUCUGACGAGAUGGGCACGGUGGGCAACACCUUCCUUUGGCUUUACCUAGCCUCAAAGUUGUCCAAGGGUGAGCCGGUGAAGCCAAACGGGCGCUGGAUUAAUGACAUGGCUUUCGAGGAACUUGGUCUUCCCCCGACAAAAGACCUCCCCGACGUACCCCAUCUCAAGCGAGCAGUGCAGGUGCAAAACAUGGGGUGA